GGUCCAUAUAAGGUGCGUCUCGCAGCGCAACGCCAGUUGUACCACACUUGAGUGCAGCUCCAGUAGACCAGACCUUCUUCCAGUUCCACUCUCACCUGAGAAGCCGAUAACAACCUACAAGAUGCCUUUUCCUGUGGAGAAAUCUUGCGGAACGUGGAAGCAUGGGAUCCAUUCCGACAACUACCAACAGAUCAUGGAAAAACUUGGUACGUGUGUAAUCUGUAAUAGCUUCAUGGCUAGACCAUGGGCGAUAUUUAGGUCCUCGGGUUUAGUUGUGUUCAAAUCGUCGUCGUCAUACUGUAUCUUCAAGUUUUGGUUAGGAAAGGUGACCUACACCAUGGAGGGAGACAACCUGGUGUCCGUGUACCCUGACCAUGACGGGAAGGGGACUCCCAUGCGCGUCAGCCGCCGUUUUGUUGAUGAUGACACCAUGCACACCGACUUCAGCGUUGGUGAUCUCGAGGGCUGGGUAACUUCAAAGCGCUGUUAGACGUCACGCCGAGAGGACGUUAACCCCUGUGGACCAGACAAGCUGCCAGCCGGCUUUGCGUAGAUUCUUCAGUGAUUUGUGAAAUUGUUCUGAAUAGACCAUCUCAUUCUUUAUCUCUAGCUAUAACUGAUACACGUUAAGCGGCAUUUUUACUAAGAAGUAACGUUAUAACAACUGUAACACGCACGUCUUGAAUUGCUACCCCGUAGUCUAUACCUGACCUUCAGCGCCGAUGACAUCACUCACGACCACGCUGGUAUGUCGUCAUUUAUCAAUGCCUACUAGUGGAGGAAGACAACUUUGUCAGGUUAUUCCGAAAACAUGUCUUAACCGUGACAAAGAUCAGUCGGUAAUGCAGCAUUAAAGAUAUAUCUCACAUAAACCUUUGUAAUCUGAGGGGGUGCAUAUUAAAUUUGUUUACAUCUUGCUUUCA